UUAGAUCCAAACAUCAAGCUAAUUCAAAAUGAACCCUCCAUGUGCUCGUUGUGGGAAAAUUGUCUACCCGACCGAGAAAGUGAACUGUCUGGAUAAGAACUGGCAUAAAGGAUGCUUCCACUGUGAGGUGUGCAAAAUGACUCUCAACAUGAAGAACUACAAAGGCUAUGAGAAGAAACCCUAUUGCAAUGCGCACUACCCAAAGCAGUCCUUCACCAUCGUGGCCGACACACCGGAGAACCUGCGUCUGAAGCAGCAGAGUGAGCUACAGAGUCAGGUCAAAUACAAGAAGGACUUUGAGGAGAGCAAAGGCAGGGGUUUCAGCAUUGUGUCAGACACGCCAGAGCUCCAGAGACUGAGGAAGACCCAGGAGCAGAUCAGCAACGCAAAGUACCACGAGGACUUUGAACGGACAAAGGGCAGAGGAUUCACCCCCGUGAUGGAUGAUCCCAACCUGGAGAGAGCACGCCGGAACAACCAGAUGAUCAGCGAUGCGGCGUAUAAGGGUGUGCACCCACAAGUGGUAGAGAUGGACCGCAGACCUGGCAUCAUUGUUGAUCUGAAGGUGUGGCGCACUGAUCCAGGCUCCAUCUUUGACUUUGACCCAGUGGAGGAUAACAUUCAGUCUAAAAGUCUACAGAAAAUGUCGGCCCCUGUUCUCCCUGGAGCGUACCACCAGAGCGGACACCAGCAGGGGUACGGCUAUAUGCACCAGACUAGCAUGUCCUCCAUGCGGUCUGUGCAGUCCCCCCCUCGCUCCUCCCCAAUGAGAGUGUACCGGGCGCUCUACGACUAUGCAGCACAGGACCACGAUGAGGUGUCCUUCCGUGACGGUGAUGUCAUCAUCAACGCCCAGCCCAUUGACGAGGGCUGGAUGUUUGGCACAGUGCAGAGGACGGGCAAAUCCGGCAUGCUCCCAGCCAACUACGUGGAGUGUUUCAACUAGGGCACCAUGCCUGGAGCUCACCCCAAGGGAACCCCAGCCCUUGUCCUGGAGGGCAAACAGACGGACAGUAGCAUCCCAUUUGGUUUUACCCUGCUCAUACAAAGAUUUAGGGGUGACACGCCUUGUUCUUUAGAGCCACAAAUGAACAGUGGACUAUGUCAUCGAAUUGCCUGUUGCUUAGAAAGCAUUGAGUCAUUGAGAUUAACUAAUCCAGUAAUUCCAUCAAUUAUGCAGAUCAAGGAUUCUUAGGAUAUUAAAGACAUAAGACAUUUGUGGCUCCUUAAAAAGGAGGUUAGUGACCCAUUGUUAUAGUUUGAUUAUUCACCUUAGUGGUCAGGAUGAGAACUUACAGAAGCUACAGCCCUCCAGGAGCAGGGCAGGGAGACCUGCCCCAGUUGAUUUCCUUCCUUUUUAUUUUUAUGACCUUUUUCAUUAAGGCAUCAGCACUAACCUUUUUUUCUACAAAAAAGGCUAGAGGUGUGUGGGGAGAGAGGGACUUCUCAGUACUAUCUUGCGGAAAUAACAUAUAGUACUGUAGCUGUUAUCUUCAUUAUCUCUUUAACACACUGCUUCAUGUUAUUUGUCACUAUUGAUAGGACACAAAGGUUUUGUAAACCAGCUCCACAGAAGUACUUAUGUUGGGUGUGCUAGUCAAUGUCACCCCCCUCCUAUGGGUUUAUGUGAAAUUUAUAUUAGACCUGAUUUGCCAACAUUUAUAGUAGAAUACACUCACAUGUAUAUCUUGUCUUUCAAUUCAGAUCUCCAGAGAGACUUUAAAUCAGCCCCAGGACUCAAACUCAGAGCCCUUGAUCAACAUUCAGCUACAGAUUUAACACCCCAAUUUUUUCAAGUAGUGGGCUCUCAUGGGUUUUUUUAUUUUGCUAACUUGACAUUUUACUUUUUGAUUGAACUUGGAAAUAUUCAGGUUAGAUCCCAGCUGUGUCAUCAGCUGAAGAUGAAACCCACAGUGGCGUAAUAAAUUGUCUUUGUUACGCCAGGUUUAAGGGUGGGCAUGUCGGCAGAGGUUGCUCAUCACACCCUCUCAGGCACCCUAUGAUUCAUCAGUUCCCUGUGAGUUGCUCAGAUGAUGUCAGUGACUCUGCAUCCCUCCUCCAGUUGGCAUUUUUCUCCAUGUAGUGCACUAGGGAACUUGAAGUGUAAGAAACAGUCACAUUGGAGUGUUAGUUUAUCAGAGGAUUUCAUUCACUAUGCCACACACUCUGGCAUGAGUACAGCAGUUGCUGUGGUGAGAGAUGUCAGUGAUCAACUGCAAAUUCCAACACAUAAGGUUGGAAAUAUACAUUGAACAUGUGUAAGAUUGCACAACCACCUCUGAAAGAGCUGUGUUUAUACCUGCUGCGUAUGUACCUACAAGUACAUAAAAAUGUAUCAUCAUGGUGAAAUACAUUUGUCUGGACACACUGUAUUUUACCGUGCACUUCACUUGGAGUGAUCUGAAAGUCAUUUAUCUCAUUACUAUUGUAGGAUAUAUGAUUUCUUUGAUUUCACAGUACAUAGGUUAGUAUUCCCCAUUCAGACUUGUACUUACAGCGCUGAAUUAAGUUAAAAAUGGAUAAUUUAACAAAAGAUGAAUAUUUAUUUGUCUUGAGAACUUUGAGAGAAACUGAAAGAAGCAGAGGCGAUGUGUUCUUCAUAUAACUUACAAACCUUAUGUGUCUUGGCAUUUUUGCUCUUUCUAGUCUAGAUUAAAGGAACCUAUAAACAAGUAUAUUUUUCAGUGUUGAAGCAUCAUCACUCAUAACCAUUUUUUGUUGAAGUAGAUGAUGCUGUAGAUAGAACUCAACAGUUGUCACCUAUUGUUUGGCAAGCAGUUUUUGUUAUUAAUUGCAGUGUGUCACAUGAGGAAAUA